AUGGCCACUACAACCCGGCAAGUACCCAUGGAGAUCCUCGCAUUGGGAAUGUCGCGAACCGGCACAGAAAGCAUCAAAGUCGCCCUGGAACGACUAGGCUACGGGCCCGUCUAUCAUAGCUGCGCGCUGAAUCCCAAGAAAGACCGACCACUCUGGGAAGCCUUGAUCGCGAGGAAAUUCCCCGCCGACAAGCCCACAGCGACAUCAUCGCCACUCACCGAGGAUUCCACCAUCACCCGCGAAGACUUCGACCAAAUCCUCGGCCAUGUGCGCGCCGUCACGGAAAUGCCCUGCGCUGCCUUCUGGGCCGAACUCAUGACCGCGUAUCCCGAUGCGAAGAUCCUGCUGGUGGAGCGCGACAUCGAUCAAUGGUAUCGCAGCUUCGUACGGACGACGCUAUGUCUCAUCUUCGCGUGGCGCAAGGAUGUAUUUGCCGCAGCAGCACGGGUCGGACUCCUCCCAAGCUCACUGGCGGGCAUGUACUCGGCGUUGUUCCAAGGCUAUUUCCGCGCGCCGACGAAAUUCGAAAUGUUGACAAAUCUCCGCGCAGUGUAUGUCGAGCACAAUGCGGCAAUUCUGAAGCGCGCAGAGUCUGAGGGGAGAGAUAUUCUCAGGAUGGAUAUUUCGGAAGGAUGGGCGCCUCUCUGUCGGUUUUUGAAGAAAGAUGUACCGGAAGGAGUGCCGUUCCCUGUGGAGAACACGGGCGAUCAGACGUUAGCGCUUUGCAAUCAAAUGCGGGCCAUGACGAUGACGAAAUUGAUUGGCCGAAUUGGGCGGAUAGGCCUGAUUUUGGGCAGCGUCUGUGUGAGCAGUUGGUACGGUUGGUUUCUCUGGAGGUCGUGA